GCCAUAGCUAGCGCGUGUGUUUUUGUAUUUGCAUCGCGGUGCACCGUGGGCCGGGCGAAAGCCAAGAUGGCGGCAGCCGUGUUUGGCGAACGCGUUUCAAGUGUAUGCUCGGUUUAGACCGCAUAAAUGGCUCGACCUAAGCGCACAGUAAGUUCUCACACUGUGAUUUCCUAGUUCGCACAAUUCACCGGCCACUCGAUUGUCUCUGAGUAAUGUCCAUUUGACGAGACACGACACACGAGAUUCGUUAGGAGGAAAAAAGUGUCUCGUGCACCCUGUCAUAGUCAGCAUCUUCGACUGCACGGCAAAGAUAAUUAUUCAUCGCCAGUGUUCCGUCAAGAUCUCGUAUUUAUCUCGAUACUUCUGUAACUGCAAAGGCUUUAAAAGGAUCUUCUAUUAUGUCAACUAAAAGGGAUAAGGACGCAAUGAAUGAAGAUAGCAGCAGUGAUGAGGAUGAAGAUCCUGAUAACAUGGGAGUACCUGGUGGUGGAAAAGAUCUUGCUACUGCUACUGGGAUUGCAAAUAUUAAAGAUGAAAAACCCUCAGACAUACCACCUAAUGUUAUGCCCAAAGGACAAGGAGGGUUAAAUAUAUUAAAUCAGAAGUUUGGUAAUAAAAUCCCUGGUGGAUUAGUAACCAAGACUGCAACACCAGGUUAUGAAAUGGUACGUGUAGGAGGAUCACAGGGAACACCACCUGGUGUUGUUAUUGCAAACCAGUUAGGUCAGUUAGGUCAGUUAAAUCAGUUAGCUGCUGCUGGUGGACCAUAUUUUCCACCAGGAUUAGCAACACUGGCAGGUUUCAACCCUGCAGCCUUUUUUCCACCAAGCAUGGAUAUGAGCUUAAUGAGUGGUUUUAUGGGUAUGCCUGGAAUGAACAUGGGUGUUAAUCCCCUUGUUCAAUUGUUAAACCAAAAUGGUUUACAUCCAAACUGGCCAGCUGGAUUAUCAGGUAAAGCUGUAUCUCAGUUAUGGAUGAAUUCUGGAGAUCCUGCAAAAAUGAAUAUGCAACCUACAAUACCGGAAGAAGAAGAAGUGGAUGAUGAAGAUAUGGGCGUUGCAGAAACGUAUGCCGAUUAUAUGCCUACUAAAUUGAAACUCGGACGAAAACAUCCAGAUCCUGUUGUGGAAACUGCAUCCUUAUCCAGUGUCGAGCCAACAGACGUCUGGUACAAGGUUUCGAUACCAGAAGAAACGAUACGCACUGGAGCUUUAUCUGCGCUCCAGCUUGAAUCAAUAACGUAUGCGUCUCAGCAGCACGAACAUCUUUUACCGGAUGGUACACGCGCUGGUUUUCUUAUUGGUGAUGGUGCAGGAGUCGGUAAAGGUCGAACUAUAGCUGGAAUUAUAUUUGAAAAUUACUUGAAAGGAAGAAAACGUGCUAUUUGGGUGUCUGUCUCAAACGAUUUAAAGUAUGACGCUGAACGUGAUUUAAAUGAUAUUGGCGCGUCAAAAAUUGAGGUUCAUGCAUUAAAUAAAUUUAAAUACGCGAAAAUCUCAUCAGCUGUAAAUGGCAAUGUUAAAAAAGGAGUAAUAUUCAGUACAUAUUCAGCUUUAAUCGGAGAAUCUUCGCAAAGCGGCGGGAAAUACAAGAGUCGGCUGAAACAACUUUUACAAUGGUGUGGUGAAGAUUUUGAUGGGUUGAUUAUUUUUGAUGAAUGCCAUCGAGCGAAGAAUUUAUGUCCCACCGGAAGCUCAAAACCAACAAAAACAGGUUUAACAGUCUUAGAAUUGCAGAAUCAGCUUCCUAAAGCUAGAGUAGUGUAUGCCAGUGCUACAGGUGCUUCAGAGCCCCGUAAUAUGGCCUAUAUGGUUCGAUUAGGUAUGUGGGGCGAAGGAACUCCGUUUCCCGAAUUUAAUGAUUUUAUUACCGCUGUGGAGAAACGUGGAGUUGGUGCAAUGGAAAUCGUAGCAAUGGAUAUGAAAUUACGAGGCAUGUACAUUGCUCGACAACUCAGUUUUCAUGGUGUAGCUUUUAAAAUAGAAGAAGUACCGUUAUCCAAAGACUUUACUGAAGUUUAUGAUCGUUCCGUUCAUCUUUGGGUUGAAGCAAUGCAGAGGUUUCAAGAAGCAGCAGAAUUAUUGGAUGCAGAAAAUCGUAUGAAGAAAACUAUGUGGGGACAGUUCUGGUCGUCACAUCAGCGUUUUUUUAAAUAUCUAUGCAUCGCUGCAAAAGUAAAACAUGCUGUAGCAGUUGCGCGGGAAGCCGUGAAGUGUGGAAAGUGCGUAGUUAUUGGUUUACAAUCUACUGGCGAAGCUCGCACAUUAGAACAAUUGGAACGUGAUGAUGGGGAGUUAAGCGAUUUCGUUUCCACUGCAAAAGGAGUGCUGCAAACAUUAGUUGAGAAACAUUUCCCAGCAUCAGAUCGUAAUCACAUACAACGAGUUCUGGGUAUUGAACCAUCGAAAAUGCAGAGAUUAGAUGAUCUUGAUGAUAUUGAUGGUGCUAGUGGUUCUGCAAGUGGAAGUAAGAGGAAACCGAUACGGCAAGCGGCUCAACGGGCCUCAAAGAGAGUUCGCACUUUCCCGUCCGAUGACGAUUUUACGGAUGAUGAAAGAAAUGGCGGACAUAGUUCUGGCUCGGAAUAUAAACAGAGUGGCAGUGAGAGUGAAGACGACCAUAGAACCGAUGAGGAGAGCAAUAUUACUUCAGAUUCUUCCUUCAAUUACAGCGAGUCGGAUUCUGAUUCGGGGGAUGGUAGGCGAAGGAAGAAGGGAGCUAAAAAACAGAAGAAACCAGUAAAGAAACGAUCUGGGCCCGCAGCUGGAGCAACGCGUAAUCGAGCGCCAUCAAGAGAUGCUGUGGAACGUGCUUACACCAUGAAAAAGGAAUUAUUAGCACAGGUUGAAGAAUUAGGUGAAGGAUUGCCACCAAAUACUUUGGAUCAGCUAAUUGAUGAAUUUGGGGGGCCGGAAAAUGUGGCCGAAAUGACUGGUAGAAAAGGACGUGUUGUUCAAACAGAGGAUGGAACUAUUCAAUACGAAUCAAGAUCUGAAGUGGACGUUCCAUUGGAAACACUUAAUUUAACAGAAAAACAGAGGUUUAUGGAUGGUGAAAAAACAGUGGCUAUUAUCUCAGAAGCAGCUAGCAGUGGUAUAUCAUUGCAAAGUGAUAGACGAGCGAGGAAUCAGAUGCGACGAGUGCAUAUCACUCUUGAAUUACCGUGGAGCGCAGAUAGGGCGAUACAACAGUUCGGACGAACACAUCGUUCGAAUCAAGUGAACGCUCCCGAAUACAUAUUUCUUAUCUCAGAUUUAGCUGGAGAACGACGAUUCGCAUCCAUUGUUGCGAAGCGUUUAGAAAGUCUUGGGGCUCUCACGCAUGGUGAUAGAAGGGCCACAGAAACCAGAGAUCUCUCGCAAUUCAAUAUUGAUAAUAAAUACGGACGUGCAGCGCUUGAAGCGACAAUGAGAACUAUAAUGAAGUACGAGCCUCCGCUUGUUCCGCCGCCACAAGAUUACCACGGAGAUUUCUUCAAAGACGUUGCUGAUGCAUUAGUGGGUGUUGGUUUAAUUUGCAAUAGUGAGAGUACGCCUGGUGUGCUUACGUUGGAUAAAGAUUAUAAUAACAUGUCGAAGUUCUUAAACCGUAUUCUUGGUAUGCCGGUUGACCUGCAGAAUCGGUUGUUUAAAUACUUCACUGAUACUCUAAACGCAAUUGUCACUCAAGCGAAAAAAACUGGUCGUUUUGAUAUGGGUAUUCUCGAUCUUGGUACCUCAGGAGAGAACGUAAAAAGGGUAAAGUUGUAUCGUUUUCUACGGAAACAUGCCACUGGAAAAGCACCAACUGAACUCCAUGUUGUUCACGUUGAACGGGGUAUGAAUUGGGCUGAGGCGAUGGACAAAUGUUCCGAAUUAACAGGAUCCAAAGAGGGUUUUUAUUUAAGUCAUCAAAUUCGUAAUGGAAAACAGACAGCAAUUCUUGCAGUUAUAGUGGAUACUGGAAAGAAGAAGUCAGAGAGCAAAAAAGAUCAGCUCUACAUGGUUUAUAGGCCCAACACAGGAUUGCAAUUAAGACAAGAAACUCUAGGUGAGUUAGAGAAAAAAUAUAAAAAAGUAUCUUCGGACGAAGCAGAACCACAUUGGUCACAACAAUACGAAGCGUCUGUAGAUACAUGUUCACAUGCUUAUUGGCGCGGCAAUUGUAAAAAUGCAACUCUUGGUAUGGAUUGUGAGGUUGGACUCCGAAGACGUUCCUAUAAUGUAUUAUCAGGUUCAGUGUUAAGUGUAUGGAGUCGAGUUGAAAGCAUUCUUGCAACACGUUCUGCUCAUAAUUCUAAGAUGCAAGUUGUACGUUUACGAACUGAUGAGGGUUUAAAAAUAGUCGGUACUCUUAUUCCAAAGUCCUGUAUGGAAAUAUUACGUCAAGAAUUAUCAUCCGAUGCUGAGAAUACUGAAGAACUUACAUUUUGAACAUUUCAUUAAUUCGCUUUUAUAGAACAGGACCAAAAGAAGCGAUUGAUGUGAAUAUAACGUGGACAAAUCCCUCUUCCUAAGUCUUGUGACAAAAUUCAGUAAAGAAGAGGGUGCACUUGCAAAUGUACGGCAAAGACACGAAUUAGUCGUGUCGAUUGAUAAGGAUGUAUCAGGUAGAUUCGAAAGUCGGAAUCUAUCAGCCUCCGUUUUAAUUGCCCAGUCUGGUAAUGACGAGUGAAACAAACGUGUGGCACGAACAUUUCCAAUCUACAAGUUUCUUGAGAUCCGAACUUAUCCCUUUGUUAGGUUUCGAUGUUAUUUUAUACGUUUUAAUGAAAUAUACUUAUCUCGCCCAUUGCAUCUCGAUCA